CAUCUGGACCUCCAGCUGGGGACGCGCCAGGAAGCGGGAUGUCCUGGUCUGGCCUUCUCCGUGGCUUCAACACAGCCCUAAGUUGUGGCCUACCCAAGGCUUGCAGGCUCUGGGCCACCCGCUUUAUGGCUACCCUGAACCAGAUGCAUCGCUUGGGGCGUCCAAAGCAGCCACCACGUCCUCUAGGUCCCACAGAGGGCCGGCCGCAGCUGAAGGGUGUGGUUCUGCGCACCUUCAUCCGCAAGCCCAAGAAGCCUAACUCUGCCAACCGCAAGUGCUGCCGUGUGCGGCUCAGCACAGGCCGAGAGGCUGUUUGCUUUAUCCCGGGGGAGGGACACACCCUGCAGGAGCACCAUGUUGUCCUUGUGCAGGGCGGCCGCACCCAGGACCUGCCAGGUGUCAAGCUCACUGUUGUGCGUGGCAAGUAUGAUUGUGGCCAUGUGCAGAAGAAGAAAUGACUUCUGGAAGGGACAGCCCUGCAGAACAAGAAUGUUUCGCUCCAGGCUACUUUCAACGCUAGAGGCAGCCACAGCUGGGUUCAAAUCCUGGCUUCGCCUCUUCCAUCAGGGCUAUCAUUAGCCCAUAGGAGUCUUGAUAGUGAAAAAGGUAGCCCUCUAUCAACACCCUUGGCUUCUGUGUUAAGAGUGUUGGCAUGAGGGACCUUCUCUGCUAGCACAAGACACUAUAUUGUCAUCUGGUGCAAAGGGAUUAUAAUAAAUACACAGAUCCUCACAAUUG